UUGUAAGCUUAAAUAAAGAUGCUCAACGUCUCGGCUCGAUGGUGCCUUCGAAUCGGCGAAACUGAUUUAUCCUGAAAGGAAAACAGAAGAGCAGAACUCAAUAUAGGAUUUUAACACACAUUUCCACAACCCAUUAAAGUCAUAGUGUAUCAUAAAUCAAUUCCAGCUAUGGAAUUGAAGAAAUCAAUUUCUGAAACCGAGCGCUCAUUGAAGAGCUACGGCUCUGUAUCGGAAACGGAAUGGACAAAAGACAAAGGUCAGUCAGAUGUGUCCAUGGCGGAGAGCAUCAUGUCUCCAGAUGAGAUUGAAGUGGAGAUGGCUCGCAUCCAGCGCCUCAGGGAGGUGCUGGUAAGGAGGGAGUCUGAACUGCGCUUUAUGGCGGACGACAUCCAGCUCUGCAAAGACAUCAUGAGUCUGAAACAGGAGCUGAGGAAGGUGGUAACUGUACCAGAGAAAGAGAAGACCAAGAAACAGAGACAGUGGGAGGAGGAGUUGAUCCUGAAAAUCCAUAAACUGGUGCAGAAGAGGGAUUUCCUAGUGGACGAUGCAGAGGUGGAGAGAUUAAGGGAGCAGGAGGAGGACAAGGAGAUGGCUGAGUUCCUGAGACAGAAGCUGAUGCCUCAGGAGAAGCUGGCCAGAGAAGCUGCCCAAAAUCCCCAGAAGCCCAAGAGACAAGUCCCUGAUCCUCCGCCCAGCAAGCCAUCCGUCACCAAGUCCAUCACCAUCAUCAAGGACUGCUGCGGAGCCACCCAGUGUUGUAUCAUGUAACCGUGGUUACCGAGGAGUUGAGGACAGUACACCCUCCCAUUCACAGCUCCACCCUAGUAACAACAACACAGUCACACUGUACAUCUGUCACCUGACCUGGUCUCUUGGUGUCAUAUCACCUAUCGUUACAUCAUUUCCUGUGAUCCAGAGAACCCUGGUGCAAAAUGGACGCCCUUAUACGUGAUAGAUGGACAGGCCUGGCCACAUGUAAAUAACGGAAUAACAGAAAUGUAAAUGAAAUAUGUGGCACUAUAUAAUGUUAAAAGGCAAUUGGAAAUUGAAUAUAUGGGACCUGUACAGUAUUGUAAGCAAUACACCAAUUUAUAUUGAUUUAGGGACAUCCCUCUUGAAACAUUCUUCAGAGACCAAUAAUGACAUAUAUUCCUCAGAUUUAUAAGCACAACGUCCCAUACCCAACCACAAACGCACCAUACCAAGGUUCUCUGCCCACCAGGAAAUGGCAUCAUGACUUAAUUGUUAUUGACUUUGUCAUUUUGAAUAACGGGUGUUUACUGGAUGCUUCCAUUCCAACCCUUAACGGAACAACUAGAACUCCUCUCAGACUUAGGACUGUAUGCUUACCAGGGUGGGGUCAAUUCCAUUCCAACCCUUUAACAGAACAACUAGAACUCCUCUCAGACUUAGGACUGUAUGCUUACCAGUGUGGGGUCAAUUCCAUUCCAACCCUUUAACAGAACAAAUAGAACUCCUCUCAGACUUAGGACUGUAUGCUUACCAGGGUGGGGUCAAUUCCAUUCCAACCCUUUAACAGAACAAAUAGAACUCCUCUCAGACUUAGGACUGUAUGCUUACCAGGGUGGGGUCAAUUCCAUUCCAACCCUUUAACAGAACAAAUAGAACUCCUCUCAGACUUAGGACUGUAUGCUUACCAGGGUGGGGUCAAUUCCAUUUCAAUCCAGUCAAUUACUUACCGAAUUACCAUAUUUGAAAAUGAAUUGAUCCAACCCUGAUGCUUGCUCUGGAACUGUAGAUUAUGAAACACUUCACUCACUGCAGUACAUUUUCUAUCCCUUUAUUGUAAAAGUAUACUUCCUAUAUAAACAGUAUUGCUGAACACAGUUGCUAUGAUACCAUUUACAUUGGCAAGCUGCAACAAUCGCAUGAUUGAGUUUUGUUUUUCUAUGAUGUACAUUAACCAGCCAGUAUACACACGCAUUUAUGUUGCUAAGGCAAAGUCAGCCUUACAACUGGUCAUUCUUAUCUUCACCAAAACAUACUGGUAGUUAUUACCAUGGUAUCACUACAAUAUUAUUCAUGAUUACAAUGAAUAAGUAUAGCAAAGGAAAACAAUUAGCGUCAUACUACGAGUCUUGCAAUUUCUACGGCAAAACAAGAAGAGGUGAAUGCAAUUCUUUAUUUGUACAUGCCUUUGUUAAGAUUCUGGAAAAGAAAGUGUUUGUUGGAAUCUAAUGUUUGUAGAAGAUUAGGGAGUCCUGUUCAACAAAGUGACCCUCUACUUCAGAAUAUUGUCCUCUAGCCCCAAGCCUCCCUUUGUAUAGAUCUCGGAAGUAUUUUCCAUGACUCAAGUCCUUCUCCUUGCUUUUGAGAAGCGAAGAAUUGAGGAAAACACUGAGACUCAUCCCUGAACUUUGUUCUGUAGUUUAUUAGUGAUGCUUUAAUUUCCAAAUUGAACAAUAUGCAUAAAUGAGCCGAAAUGACCUGUACAUAUACAGUACCGGUCCAAAGUUUGGACACACCUACUCAUUACAGGGUUCUUUAUUUUUACUACUUUCUACAUUGUAGAAUAAUAGUGAAGACCUCAAACCUAUGAAAUAACAUAU